CAAUCACUAAUACCACCUUCACCGCCUCCACCUCCACACUGUCCAUCAUCAUCACCACCACCACCACCGACCUUCCAUCACCUCAACACCACACCCACCGUCACUAUCCGCCACCCUCUCACCCUUCUUGUAUACGCUUUUCCAUCACCAUAGACAUCACAAAUCCCUAGGGAGGUCUCACGGCUUGGCUCUCUGAAUACCUCCCCUUCUAGCUUGGUUACUGUAUCUGUGUAAUGCGGGCAACCUGUACCAUCCUUAUAACCUGUGUCGGGUGUCGUGUCCUAAGAAGUGUUGAGAUGGUGUGGGGGACGCGUGCAAAGGUCAGAUGUUCCCCGCUUGUGUUAUGGUCACCGCUCCCCGCCGACACUGUGGACCGUAUUGUCAAGCUUUCGGCCCUCACAACACAUAUUUCCAAAGGCUACAAAGGAGAUUAGUCGGGUUCCCAUAAGUGUUUUUCACGUCCAUGCUGCAGAAGCCUUGUCACACUAUCACUUGGCUCAUAACACUACCCUUGGAAAUGCCAACAAAACCUCAACGAAAGCCUUAUUAACCCGGUAGCAGCGACGGGACAAAUUUGUGGCAUUACCAUGUACCAGCGACGGGUCAAAUUUUUGUCAUGAUAACCCCCCCCAAAAAAAUAGAUGAUGCAUAAACGAUCACAAAUCCUUUGAUAUGUAUUAUGAAAUGGUUUGCGUGAGUGAUGAUUUUUUCUCAUUAAUUCGCUCAGAGGGGCCUUUAAGAAACAUGAUCCCCGCAGCUACCAGGUUAAAUGUGGGUGUGUAAGCCCCUUAGGCUCUAUGAAAGCCUUUUGCAGAUUUAUUAAAAGAUUUUGGCUUGGCGAAUAGGAAUGAAAAGUUUGUGUAAAGGAAAGUACGUGACGGUGCAGGCCGACGGUACGUCUUUACGAACCAACAGGCAGUGAUGAGAAAUGUUAAUGUAUGAUUCUUUCUGUCUUUUCCUUAAGACUUUAAACUUGGAGGAACAGGAUAAGGUUAGUGAAUGCUAAGUCUAUAUAUACCAAGUCAAGUCACCCUGCUUCAAAACUGCGACCGGUACGCGCAGGAGGCGGUUUUGGGGCGGAGCAGCGGGAUGACGUCACUUGGAGCUAAAAAAAUAUAUAUAUAUAUAUAAAUAUUACCCGCCAGUUCAGGGGUGACUAAAGUUGGGGCCGUAUGUGCACUAUGGAUGUGCAUUCUCGCCUCCUUUCACAGCGCGUUCAGGCAAGCCACUGACGAAAAAAUAUGUCUUUUUAUUGUGCUAUUGCGCGACUAAUUCCAUUGCCUACAAACGGCGGUGUGGGGUGUGAGGGAGGGCAUGUUGAAGUGAUUGAUUUAAAUUAGUCCGCCUUUCUUCGUUUUCUCUUAAUCCCCGUUUCUACAUUCUCUAGUUUGGCUCCAAGCAGUGUCACGCAUAAACCACGCCUCGGCCGUGUCUCCUCCCACAAACCUGCGUAUGACUUGACGUGGUGUUUAUAGACUUAGAGUGAAUGUUUUUAAGGGGUUUUAUGUUUUACCGAAUGUUUUAAUAGUUUUUAAUAGACUGUCACACACGUACUUGAAAAGGGGACAACCACAGCAGAAAACGUUCAACAUACAACCUUAAUGACCGUUCCCUCGAUACUGCUCUUCUCCUCUGUCUGGAAGCUGUGAUUUGCGGGGGGGUUUUCUUUAUCUUUUUUUCCUUUAUUUUUUCUUCAUCUUGUUUCCUUUUUUGUCCUUCAACUUUGGCUGUAACAAAAAAGAAGGAUUACAAGCGAAAAGAUUCGUUCGUGUUCUAGGAUUAACUUCACGGGAAAUGUCUAUGAGGAAAGAUGAGGAGAGAGAUACCGUCAGCCCGAACAUUUGAUAUAAAUGUUGAGUGCGUUGAGGUAAUGGUGGCGGGUGUUAGGACUUCACCUUAGAGGAAAGAAAAGAGACAAAUCUACCUUACUAUUGCAGCAAGGAAAAGGGAUGAUGUAAAAGUACUAAGCGUUUAAGAACAGUGACCAUAAAAUAUUCACAGAUAAGAGAGAGAGAAAAUAUCAUCAAAAUAUCGUUCUAUGCACAUUUUUUUAUUGUAAUGUAGAAAAACACCGACCAUUUAUUAUUCAAUGCUUCCCGUUAUCAGAUGGCAGCUGUUGAGAGAGAGAGAGAGAGAGAGAGAGAGAGAGAGAGAGAGAGAGAGAGAGAGAGAGAGAGAGAGAGAUUCGUUCAAGGGUUCAAAGCUACGAAACACCAUUAAGAAUAUCUCUUAUUUCAGUUCUGUUUAGGAGCCUCUCAAGCGUCGGCGUUAGUUCUUUGAGUGUGUGUGUGUGUGUGUGUGUGUGUGUGUGUUCAGCGGCGAGGGUAAAUUCUCUGGCUAUUAUAGUAAGAUAAGAAAGAUCAGUAACAGAAGGACUUACUAACACGGGAAGUGAAGUUAUAUAUAAAGCUCAGGACGUAAAAGUUUCAAAUUCAUUUAUUCCCCUUACACAUAAGUGAGGAAGUGUAAGCUAUGGAGACGGUCGAGAUUAAUAUAAAGCUUAGGACGUAAAUGCUUCAAGAUGCAUCGCUUCCCGGUGAACAAAGUAAUACAAAGAAGUACAAGCCAUGGGAGUGGGGUUAACCAGGUAGCAGCGACGGGCCAAAUUUGUGCCAUGAUAUAAACCCCCCAAAAUAGAUGAUGCAUAAACUGAUUGAUUAUUAGGGCGGUCUGUCUUGGCGCCUCAACUUCGGGGUCAUUUGGCGCCGAAUCUAAUACUAAUUACUUAUCUUAUAAAAAUAUAUAAGCUUAAAAUUAAAAACGUGAUAAAACCAACACUAAUAAAAUUAUAUAAAUCCAGUUAAAAUUUAAACCAUGAUAAAAAUACAACAAUAUAAGGCCAAUAAAAACUAGAGAAGGUUGAGAACGCCAGCCUUUUGUAGGAAGCCAUAAACGUCUUGUCCCCCAAAAGAUAAUACAUAUGAUCACAAAUGCUUCGAUAUGUAUUAUAAAAUGGUUUGUGUGAGGGGUGAUUUUUUUCUCAUUUUUCUCGCUUGGAGGGACCAUUAAGAAACAUGAUUCCCGCUGCUACAGGGUUAAGAUAUGUAUUAAGAUAUAGCAAAAAUUUUAACCCGUACUGAUUUCGGUAAACAAAGUAAUACAAGGAAAUGCAAGCUAUGGAAGUAGAGAUAAGACAUGUGUUAAGCUUAGGACGUAAAGGUUUCAAGAUGUAUUGAUUCCCCGUAACAUAAAGACCAAAAUGAGAACAGAUCAAUGUCUCGAGUGAGGAGGACACGGGCGUCUCUCUCUCUCUCUCUCUCUCUCUCUCUCUCUCUCUCUCUCUCUUGGUCUUCUUCCUAUCCUCUUCCUUUCCCUCCCUCGCUUUUUUUUUUUUAUUUCUCCAAUUUAGUUUCCGUCCCACCCUCCUUCUGCCUCCUGCUCUUUCUCCUCCCUCUCUUGCCCUGCUGCCAUUCUCUCUCUCUCUCUCUCUCUCUCUCUCUUGGGGGCCAUGUUGUGGGUGCCAAUACCAUAGAUACAUUCAAGAAGAGGUUAGAUAAAGCCAUGGAUGGUGAAGUAAGGUGGGGUUGAUUGUACAGGAGCUGCCUUGUAUAGGACAACCGGUCUCUUGCAGACUCCUUAUGUUCUUAUGUUCUCUCUCUCUCUCAGUGGUCGAUGGACGUCCCGGGUUACAAUUAUUGAUUCUCCCUCGUCUCUCCGCCCACGUGCAUUCCCUCCACACGGCGCUGCACGGGGGGGUCGAUGAUGGUCGAUGUUCUCAGGCCCUUCCGCCUCUUGCAGCAACUAUAUCCCAAGGCCGAGAAAGAGUUUAUUCGCAUUCUCAUGAGUGUUUGUUCAAGUUCAUGGUCAGACUACCACCAGGGUCAUAAAACUACCCAUGGAAAUGCUCAAAACUCCUGCGAAAGCCUUGUCAAACGUGUGUAUCGAUGUCUCCUCUCCUCGCCUUGGUCCUACACUGUUCGGCGACACGCGGGAUGCUGGGAAUCUCACAUUACCAGACUUAGAAGCAAAGUGAAUGAUGGAAGAUUGUUUGCUGGAGGGCCAUGAGGGGGAAGUAAAGGGAAUGACUGAUAGAAAUGUUCGUGAGGCUCGAUUUGAAUUUCGUAUUGCAAGCAAAAUGUGUGUUAGUGAUUAUAAUGCCGAAUGGCCUUGAUAGGAAGAAGAAUCGAGUGUUUAUAUUAAUUUUGUUUGUUAUGAUUCGAUUUGGCCUUCCUGUGUAAAGCGAAGCAAAAGGCCUUGUGGGAAAAAUAAUUCCGGGUUAUAUUCACUUAAUUCGUCUGUUUCGAUUUGUCCUUCGCUCGUUGAACCUUCGACUCAUGGUUCGGAGCUUCGUCAUGACAGUUACAGGAUGCCAAGUCGAUGUUUUGCGGCAGUCAUGAUGUAGACGUGGCCGGGAGAGUAGUGACCGUUUGUUUACGAGGAAAUAUUGCCAGCUACGGACACACACGAGCGAACAUUAAGGUGAUGUAGACGGUAAUUAACGUUCAAGGAGUUACCUGAGAGUUUAAUUGCCCGCAUUACCCCAACUUCAUCUCUCCCUCUCCUCUCGCUCUUCAAUCUCCCCCUAAACAUCACCACAAACAAGGCCUCUUAAAGUACCUAGAUAAGGACGUCAUGUAUCUUUCUGCGCAUGUUUAUAAUUAUUUUACGUGUGUGUGUGUGUUUGUGUUUGUGUCUGUUCGGUGUGUCAAAUGGAUGCCUAAACCACCUGUAUAUAUGCGCGUGUGCGUGUGCGUCGUGUACGUGUAUGUGUGUGUGUGUGUAUCUCAUCGUUCAACUCCCUCACCCCGUCGCCCCCACACGUUAAUACUUUUUUCCUUCCCUCCUUCCCCGUCUCUAUACAUUUAGCGUCUCGUACGGCCCGCGCUGGAUGGUUCUGUCGUCAUCGUCGUCGUCGUCUCCCGAACACUGUGAACGACUCCUGCUCUCAGUGACACGUUAACAACCCCCUUAUGUGAUAUCGUAGACUUAGUGGAGAGCAGAGCGCGGGCGUGGCGGACAGAGACGCGCGUAUCGUACAGACAGGCAAGGAGGUAUAGGUAGACAGGCAGACAGCAGACAUCCCUAACCUAACCAAACCUAACGUGCCCUGGCGGAAAACUGGGCAGACACACAGGAACGGGAUCAAGGGAAAAGGCUUCGGCAGGCAGACGGCUAGCAGACGUCCCUAACCCAACCUAACCUGACGAACUAAGUCUAUAUAUACCAAGUCAAGUCACUCUGCUUCAAAACUGCGAACGGUACGCACAGGUGGCGGUUUUGGGGCGGAGCAGCGGGAUGACGUCACUUGGAGCUAAAAAAAAUACUCGCCAGUUCAGGGGUGACUAAAGUUGGGGCCGUGUGUGCACUCUGGAUGUGCAUUCUCGCCUCCUUUCACAGCGCGUUCAGGCAAGCCACUGACGAAAAAAAAUGUCUUUAUUGUGCUAUUGCGUGACUGUAAUUUCAAUGACACAAACGGCGGUGUGGGGUGUGAGGGAGGGCAUGAUGUGAUUGAUUUAAAUUAGUCCGCCUUUCUUCGUUUUCUCUAAAUCCCUGUUUCUACAUUCUCUAGUUUGGCUCCAAGCAGUGUCACACAUAAACUACGCCUCGGCCGUGUCUCCUCCCACAAACCUGCGGAUGACUUGACUUGGUGUAUAUAGACUAAGCUGACGAUGAGAUGGACAGACAGACGAAGGGACGGGAUCAAGGGAAAGAGUUAAGGCAGGAAUAAGGGCACACAAGCAGACAUCCCCAACCUGACGAAGAGAUGGACAAAGACGCAGGAACAGGCUCAAGUGAAAGGAUUAAGACAUAAAGGCAGGUAGACAAAAACAGGCCUAAAUAUCACACUCUUUUUAUACAUCAUUACCUAUUUGCUGUACAGGAAGAUCAUGAUGCGGGCUUUUUAUUUUUGUUUUAUGUCUCAAAUCUGGUCUGUGUCGUAACUAAAAUGGACCGCGCCCUUAAACCUUUACAGACGUAUUUUUUCGAUAAGCGUGAAGCAAUAUAAUCACAUAGACUAACCUAAAAAAAAAACUUACUCUUGUAUAUAUUAACGGUGUGGAACUUAAGAGGGAAAGGCUGAGAAGAGAGGGAAGUUUUGAUUUUUUUUUUUUUUGUACCGUUAUGGCUUUUAAUAGUGAAGUGGAUUUGUUUGUUUAUGUGGACGUUAAGACACUAAAGGGGCUAUUACACUGGGCAAAUUUUCCGUGGAUCUUCAGUCAAACCACGAUAUCUGCUAGCGUGGUUCUCAUUUGUUUCUGGUUAUUGCUGCUGAUGAUGAUGGUGAGUAAUACCGUCGUCCUUCAGUGAAAUCUACCGUAGCUUUGGAAGAUCGUGGACACGUCAGAAAACCGCGGAAAUAUGAGAACCACGCCAGCGGAAAUCGUGGUUUGACAAGAUCCACGGAGAAUCUGCCCAGUGUAAUAGCCCCUUUAGUGGGGAGGAAAUAGAUAAGGGUUGUAAAUGCUGACACUUCAUAACAGACAAUUAACAGACACUUUACAGGACUGACGUGGUAGUACAGUUGACUAGAUUACGUCUCCCCUCCCCUGCAUUCCCCUUCCUGUCCUCCUCCUCUUCCUCCUCUUCCUCCUUUACCCCCACCAAGCUUCUUAGCACAGACAUCCACUCAGACGGUCGUAACCCUAUGAAAGUCUAAUAAUUCUCUCUCUCUCUCUCUCUCUCUCUCUCUCUCUCAUACUUCGUUCUCUACCCUUCUCUCGUAAACAACAACAACAACAACCUCUCUGUCAAGGAACUCGAAUACGGUUUUCCUGCAUAUCACCUUCCCACUCUGUCUCUCUCCGGCAUAUGACCACAGAUGUUGCGCCGACUAAACGAAACUUUCCAACUUUCCAACCUCCCCCAAGAACGCAUCAUAUACUUGCUUGCCUCCCUGCCUGCCUGUCUUCUCUUAUCCGAUCGAGGGAGCGGCGGAGACGAAUUAUUAAGGGCCCCGUCUCUCUGUUUGCCUCGCCCGCCUCGCCUCUCCCGGUGUGGCGUGAUUAUACUGCACUGCCAAUGUAGCGAUGAAAUAGCGACAAAACAACAAAAACAAUAGUGAAUCGUCAUACAAAACGUCAGUUAUUAUUAUUAUCAUCAUUAUUAUUAUCAUCAUUAUAUACAUACAUACCGUAGUACAUCAUAAUAUUAGCCUCAGAGAAUGGUCGGAGGGCGAGAAUAAGGUGUGUUUGCGAAAUUGUCCUCGGCAUUCUACUUGGUAACGAACUUCAGGGAGAAACAUAAUGCAUUGGAAAUUGAGCUGAAGUGUAAAAAUUAUGUGUUGGCAAAAUCACGGCAAGCUUUCGUUGUCUCCCUUUAUAAAGCCAUUCACUUCUGUCUAUUGCAUCUUCCUUCUUCUCUGAGAGGGGCUUCGUGGCGCAGUGGUUAGCAUACUCGGCUCACAACCGAGAUAGCCCGGGUUCGAUUCCCUGGCGGAGUGGAAAAAUUUGGGCGGCUUUUCCGAUACCCUACGCCCCUGUCCACCCAGCAGUGAAUGGAUACCAAGAAUUAAUCGGAGGUUGUGUCCUGUCUCCUGGGAUCUGUUCCCUUCUCCUAUAAUUCCUUCCCCUUCUGUCUCUCUCCGGCAUAUGACCACAGAUGUUGCGCCGACUAAACGAAACUUUCCUACUUUUUCCACCGUACCCUCUGUUUCCCUUUAUAUCUUCCCCCUCCAAUAGAUUCUCUCCAGGCUCUUCUAUUUGGCUCAUCUCUCCUUAACACAUGAUCAGGCUAUCUCAGCGUUGGAUGCUGGUCCCCAAAAUUAUAAUCUAAAAAAAGUUUAUUCUUAUACUUCGGCUCAAAUCUUCAGAGUAAUUUGUUUUCCCUUGCUGUGGUUACUAAAUGAAAUGUCGCGUGCAAGUUGGCGAGCUGCCCCUCAUAAUAAUAUAGACAUGUUUUCUAUGUGAGUACGUGAGUUCGGUGUUUUCCCCUGGUAACGGUGAAUAAUAAGGGUGAUAACUUUUUGUAUGGUGUCACGCACGGCGCCGCCAGCAGCACCACCACCACCACCACCCCUCCCCCUCGGCGGGAGAGUGACUGGGGGGCGGGGCUGACUGGCCGGUGCGUGCGUGUGUGUGUACAUAUAUAUCAGUGAUCCAGUUUAUCCUGUGAUGCUAUUAAUAAAACUUUUAUACCUGGA